AAAAUGUAACAAAAUUAAGGUCUCAUUGUUUCAUCAAUUAUAACAACAAAAUGAAUAAUGGCAGAAUUUGGGUAUUGGUGCUAAUAAUUAGCAUCAAUGUAAUUAGUUUAGUAGAUGCACAAAUGUUUCCAACUUGUGCUAAUCACCUAUUGCCAUGCAUUAACUAUGCUAAUUCAACUAAGCCACCAGAUUUUUGCUGCAAUGUAGUUAAAGAUCUAAGCACAACCCACAAAACAUGUAUCUGUCAACUUGCAACUCCUGAAUUAUUUGAAGGGUUUGGUGUUAAAACUGCUCAAGCUUACCGAUUUCUCCACUCAUGUGGUAGUAGCUUUGAUUUCAGCUUCUGCAAAGCAUCUUCUCCAAGUCCUUCUUUGUCGGAACAACCACCAGCAACAUCAGGAGGUGACGAAGGAGGAGCAGAGAAGAUUGCUAUAACUCGAGUUUGCUUCAUGCUGUUUAUUUGGGCAUUUAUGUUGUUUCAUUAGGAAGAGACUGGUCGAGAAAGUUCAUUUGAUGGGGGGCAAAGAACAUAGUCAUUGUGGUUUCACACGAGAAAAAUAUUACUAAGUUUUUAAAAUACUUUAUAGCUAAAGUUUUAAAAAUUAUAAAUGUCCUUUUAUACAUAUUU